AUAUAAAAAUCCUCAAAAAAUUUUUGAAUUUCAGAAUUCUUUUCAACCUUUGCAAAAUAAAUAAAAUAAAUAAAAAACAAUGUCUAUUGAAUGUUGGCAAGAAGUCAUUAAUGAUUACGAAAAAUUACUUGAAAAUGGAAGAGGUUACGAUGUUAUUAUUUGCGUCGAUGAAAAUGAGGAAAUUCGUGCACAUUCACUCGUUUUAAGUACCAGGUCUCAAUAUUUUUGUACAAAAUUAUUUGAAGAAAAUGUUGAAAGAAGGGAUGGAAAAAUUAUUAUUAAAAGACCUAAUAUUUCUUCUAAAUUAUUUAAAAUGAUUUUAAGUUUUAUUUAUUGUGGAAAGAUUAAUUUAACCACAUUAGACGGAUCUGAAUUAUUAAAACUCACGAUGGCAGUAGAUUACCUUAAUAUUCGUACUUUAUUUCUCAAAUUGAAGAUUAAUUAAUUAAAAAUCAAUCAACAUACUUACAUCAAAAUGCUAUAGAAAUUCUUGAAACAAUUUAUCAAAGU